CACUUCACCACCGCCUCGCGGUCGCGGCCCAAUCGCAUCGCAGAGAGUCGGAAGGAGAGGACGCCGACCAAUCGCGAGGCGUGCCGCUUCUUCCCGCCUCCGCGCCGGCUCCGGUAGCCAAUGGCGAGCGGCUCCCGAGGGUGGGCGGGAAGCGCCCUGUCGUUGGUUCGCGCGGCCGUCAUGGCGGCGGCCGUGUCGCUGUGGCCGCGGACGGAGCCGCUGCUGCUGGGCGCGCUGCCCGUGCCGCCGCCCGCUCGCUUGGGCCCCCACUACCUGCGCAAGAUGGCGGCGUACGCGCGGGCGCGGGCGGCCGAGGGCUGUUACCCGCGGCUGAGCUGGCCGCGCUGGCGGCACAUCGCCUGCGGCAAGCUGCAGCUGGGCCGCGGCCUGGCCUGGCUCUACUUCGAACGCUUCCACGACCUCCUCCCGCCGCCCGAUCCGCCCCGCCGCCUGCAGCGCGCCGAGGCCGAGGCGGCGUGUGGCAGCGCCGAGGAGCUGGAGCGGGAGCGCGGCAAGCUCUCCGUGGACACGCUGCGCUUCCUGCUCUUCCUCUACCUGCAGCAGCUGAACAAGGCCUCCCUGCGGACGUCUCUCAUCGGCGAGGAGUGGCCCAGCCCCAGGGCCAGGGCUGCCGGGCUGCCGGGCAGGGCCGCGGGGCACAGCAAGAACUGGAAUGACCAGGACCACCUUGCCUUUGUGCUCACACACCUCUCAGAGAUGCUGGAGCUGCUGCUGGAGCCAGAGCAGCUCGGUGCCUCCUCGCACGCCACCCACAACAGCGUGGUAUCCUACGAAGCUGUCUGUGCCCUCAGCUUCCUCAUUGAAGGGACUGUGAACAACUCGAGGACCAUCCAUCCUCUGCAUGAGCUUGCCCUCUGGCAGCCCUGCCAUGGGCAGAACGGCUACUCUAAGAUCUCCAAAACCUUCUCCUUCCCCAAACUAGAGACUUGGCUGCGCUCCUGCCUGAUAAUAAAUCCUUUUGGAAUGACUGCCUGCCUACGAUCUGGGAAGAAGCUUGCGUGGGCACAGCAAGUUGAAGGAACAACCAGGAGAGCAAAGAUUGCCUGUAACACUCGUGUGGUGCCUGAGGUGUCCCCUAUGGUGAUAAUGAGCCAGGUUUACAAACAGACACUGGCCAAGAGCUCGGACACCUUGGUGGGUGCUCAUGUCAGAAUUCAUCGCUGCAAUGAGUCCUUCAUUUAUCUCCUCUCUCCUCUUUGCUCUGUGACCAUUGAGAAGUGCCAGAAUAGCACGUUUGUGCUCGGCCCUGUGGAGGCAUCUGUUCAUGUCCACAGCUGUGACAAUAUCAAAGUCAUCACUGUUUGCCAUUGCUUGUCUCUUUCCUCCACGACUGGCUGUACUUUUCACAUUCUGACUCCUACCCAGCCUCUUAUCCUUGCGGGAAACCAAGCAAUCAGCUUUGCCCCUUUCCACACCCAUUACCCCAUGUUGGAGGACCACAUGGCUCAGGUGGGGCUGGCCACUGUGCCCAACUACUGGGACAGCCCCAUGCUGUUGUGCAAGGAGGACAGUGAUGCCAGUGUCUUCCGCCUCCUGCCACCCGUGGACUUCUACACCUUUGUGAUUCCUUUUGAGAUGGAAGGAGACACCACAGAGACACCAGGGGGGCUUCCCCAUGCCUAUCAGAAGGCACUGAAUCAGCGAGAGCAGAAGGUACAGAUCUGGCAGAAAAUGGUGAAGGAGGCGUGCCUGACCAAGGAUCAAAGGAAGCAGUUCCAGAUGCUGGUGGAAAGCAAGUUCUAUGAAUGGCUGAUCCAGACAGGGAACCGUCAGCAGCUGGAUAGCCUCAUCCCUCCUGCUGUGGGCUCCAAGCAGGCUGCAGGAUAGCAUCGUGUUCCUCUGCACCAAAAGGAAAGGAAGGGAACUGUAGUUCCUGUUCUUUCACCUCCUGCCCGAUUCACAUUCACCCUGCUGAGCUACCUUCCUUCCUGCCAGCUGUCUGCUUGGAACAACCUGUCAACCAGCAUCUGCUGGUUCCCAGCACAUCCCUGAAGUGAUCACAGUGCCAACACUUUGGUUCCUCAAACGCAGAGAUAUUCCUCCUGAAGAACCCCAAGCUGUUGACAGGUGGGUUUGCUCUUACAUAAAUACACAUUAAAAUAGUGGGAUUCAAUGUUAUGCCACUGUUAAUAAUCUGACUAUUUGCAUGUAUACAUGCAAUUCUUCUCAUUCUGAUUUUAGCAUGACUAAUGCAUUACAGUCUAGGUUGAUGUUAGUGAGCAUUUUGCUCUGCAAAGUCAAGACGUCAGAGAAAGAAGUGAUUUCAGGGCCAUUCAUGGCUUCUUGUCUGUGGGCACAAUGCAUGGUGCUCUUCUUCCUUAGCUAGGCAGAACAAGUGCUGGUGGAGGUAACGAUGAGAUGGUUUGAUAUUCCCUCAUCUUCCAGGAUCCCUCCACUUGGAUGCUGUUGACUUUGGUGCUUGACCUCUUGCUGGCUUGGAGAGGCUGGAUUCUGUCCAUACAGGGUGACAUGGGGGCGGUGGUGGCCCCUGAGCUGCUCAUCCAUCUUGGGCUGCAUUUAUGGCCAAAGGAUGGUUGGUGUUGCUGCAAGCUUUGCCAAGCCAAUGCAAGGAGUGAAACAACACCAGCCCUUUGCUAGCUACACAUUCCAGUCCCCAUGCUCUCCUUGGUAACCAUUGUGCACUGGGUGAUAUUUCUCCCCCUGGCACAGACCACAUCCCCUGUGUCCCCACCUUACCCCACCUCACCCAGCACCCACUCCCCUGCCUCAAUGCUCGCCUGUCUAAUGUUCUCCCCUUACAAAUUUCAUCUUGCUGCACUGUGCAUCCGAAUGAUUCCGUGAUGGAGUGCACGGGGAAAAAAAAUUAUAAUGCCAUUAAAAGUUAUCAUAAAUUUCAGAUCAGCAUCACUUUUAAUCCGAUACACAAUUUUACUGCCUCUAUAAAGCAGGUGAUUUGCAGUGGUCUGAGGCGUCUCCUGGCGCGUUUUACUUCUUUUUAAAUUAAACACACCAACUUUGUGCUGAAUUCAGAGUGCGGACAUAAAAACGGGGGUAAAAAGGAGAGGGAAGGGACAUCAGAUGGGAAUUGCAAUUGAAUCUUUAUAUAUGCCAUCUUGGUACUGUGGUACUAAAUAUAGUGCCAGGUAAAUAGAUGUGCUGAAAUAUUCAGAAUAAAAAACAAAUGUUCUGAUAGCAGAGAAAUGGAGCAUGGAAAAUGUCUCCCUUGCUGCUGUGCUUAUGGAGACUAAAAUGCUGUUGUUUAGAGCACUCUAUGCUGGAAGAACUUGCGUAUCUCUUGCAUUAAAUUAUAGGCUGUGUACACAUGAAAUUGCAUUUUAUUUUGUGUAUUAUGUGGUUUCUAACCCCACCACGGAGCGAGCGCUGAACCCAGAGUAUCUAAUUAAUAAAAUACGACAUGGUGCCAUUUCUGCUACGAAGUUUUUAGGAGUGGAAAUGUAAAUAGGCGGCGCUUGGUGGAGAAGCAUUUGAAAUUAAGGUCAAUGCUAAGGUAAUUAUGUUCCAGCUGUGAACAUUUCACCUGCUGGUGGGCCCAUGGGUGUCACCAGACCACAUGGUGGUGGCCAACCCAAUGCACAUCUUCUACAAACACACCCAAAUUUCUCCAGAGCUCUCGAAGCAAUGACAGCUAUCUGUCCCCAGGUUGAGCCAGCCACGUGCUAACAAUAUAUUGAUAUGCCACUACCACAUUUCUAGGCACACUGAGAAAGAUGAAGACUGUUUGGGGAGGUGUCUUUUGCCCCCUCUCUUUUUUAAUGGCCUCUACAUCCAGCCUAAGUGUUCCCCAUUCCAUUUUGGCAAUCCUUCAGCCUCUUCUUCCCUGUGUAGUUUGCACACACCACACUGGCAUGCUGUGAGGGCCCAAGAGGAGAGCUGGCCCUUGCAGGAGAUGCCAGCAGAGUAUGACCUGAUGCACCCAUAGCACAAAACCUAUGGUGGGACCCCAGGGUGCUGGCAGCAUUAGGUGGGAAAUCCACACUUCCUCACACCCCAGAGCAUUGCAAUCUAUUUAUCCCCCCCCCCCACUGAAGUCCCCCCUCCCCAAAGCCUGCCAGCAGGCAGUGUGUGGCUGCAGUGUGUGGCUGCUAACAGUGUCACCCCCUGCUCCCAUUGAUUGCUACCCGCAGGGCUCUCUGUGUGCAGGUGACUGUGUGUCUCUUUCUCUUUAUUGCUCACUAUUCAAAUUCAAGGCUUGUUUAAUCAGCAGGCACUAGCAACUUGAUGGGAGUCUGGCUGUAAUGGAGAGAAGCUGGUGGGCUCAGCAAAGGGCUCAGGGAUGUGCUUCUAUGGGGAGCAAGGGGCUUCAUCUUUUGCAUCUGCUUUGCUGCCCAGAGGUGCGAGGGGGGAACUGGGCUGAAGUAGGACUCAGGGCAGCUGGGAAGAGCACAGAAUUUGGGAGCUUCUGCUGAGCAUGCCCUGACACAGCUGUGGGACCAGUUGUGACCCAGCGCAGAUCCUUCUCCUUUGGGCAUCACAUCAAGGCUAGAUGGGAAUCUGGAGAAAAGAUUCUUUUUCCUACCCACUUGCAAGAUACUACCCUUCCCAAGCUGGCCUUUAGUCACCAAGGUUGAUUCCCACAUCCCCAAGGCACUUCCCAUGCUCAUCCACCUCCCCAUUUCCCUGGGGAGAUGCCUCCAGCCCCCUGCUCUGCCCUGAAGCCCAGGGCACUGGUGGCUGCAUCCCUUGGGGGCCACCCCUUGGCAUGAGGAGGUGGCAUCAAUCCCAACCAUGGCAAUGAGCCACCUCUCCCUUGGAGCACCGCCAGCCUGCGUCCCAUAGUAUGGAGUGCAGAUUGCUGACCUUUAAGACGUAGGACCAACUGUGAAUGAAAUUGGAAGCAAGUAUCCCAGCAAAUAUCCUUUUUGGGAAGAGGGACCAGAGCUGCUGGGAUGCAGGGCUGCUUUUCUGUCGCUCGUUAGAGGCACUAAUCAGGAGGUUCUGUAUGCCUUUCAGCUCCAGUGUUUGCAGGAGGGCUGUCUUCCCAUUGAUUGAACUACAUAAAACCCGCACAGUUCUAAGGAGAAUUGCCAAAUAUUGAUACUGGGAGAGAGCUGAUAUCAGAUAAAUAGUGAAUAAUGCUUCCAAUUAU